CGCAUAUAAAAUAUAGAAAACAUAGUACGAUGUAAUAAGCAUCUGUUGUUGAAAGCCGGCUAAACCCAAUCACAGCCAUCUCCCGGCCGAUCACACAAAACUCCCACCCCCACCACCUCAGACCACCAUCCUGGCAUAUCAAAGCUUGGUUUGUCCAAAUGGGGAAAAGAGCUAUGCCCGACAAAUCAAAUCGCGCUUCAAAGAAGAAAAGGGGUGGUGGUGGAAAAUAUGGGCCGCAGAAAAGUCGUGUCCCUAUUGAAUCUGGCGAUGUGGGUGUCUUCUUGACAUGCGAUAUGGGCAGAGAAGGGAAAUGUCUAUCUGAGGCAGUGGAUAUUUUUUCUCAGGCCAUUGAGGGCACUGAAAAUCAAGAGGAAGAGGAGCAAGAUACCGACGAUGAAGAUAUCGAGGCCCAGAUCCGAAGGGAACUGGAGGGCCUACAGCCCAACAAAGAUAAACGUCGUCAAUUCGAGCCCAUGCAAAUGGAAAUGCCGUGUGUGACAUUUAUGCGUCUUGAUCCCUCCAUAGACCCGGUGAAGCUUGUACACCGUCUGUGUAUCGAGGCACAUGCCCACCCGGAGACUAAGAAGAGCCGGUGGAUUAAGCGCAUGCAUCCAGUCACGUCAAUGCGGAAGACUUUGAGUGUGGACCUAGCGGCUUUUGCGAAAGAGAUUCUCAAGCCUCAUUUCCAUUCGGGAGGGCCGCCGAAGACGUACGCCAUUCGGCCUACUGUGCGAGGCAAUUCGAAGCUCAAACGUGACAUUAUUAUCAAGACUGUUGCUGAUGCUGUCGGACCUGAGCAUCCAGUGAAUUUGACGAACUAUGAUUUAAUGAUCCUCGUCGAUGUUGCCCAAAAUGUGGUUGGAAUGAGUGUAGUUGGAGGCGAUUACGAUAAGCUGAAGCGGUUCAACUUGGCCGAAAUCUACGAUCCUUCGCCAAAAGAAGAGUCAGCAGCCACAGCCACUGAAACUAAGGCUUAG